AUGACUUCUGAAGCUCCAUCCACCGACCUGACCACGGAACAAUCGACUUCCGAAGGACCAGCGAACUCGACCGAAACGGAAGGCUCGACGGAUUAUUCCGAUGCAGGGACAAUCUCAAUAGAAUCUUCUACCCUUGAGUGGAACUCAUCUGAUUCUACGACAGAAAAUUUGACUGCUUGGCCGACGACGAAAAUACUAAGUGAAUCUACUCAGGAUUUGAGAUACUACGACUGGCUCGAGCACACGAACGACGACGAGUUCGACAAGUCUUCCAACGACAACGACUGGAUCCACAAUUACGAAGGACACGACAUCGACGGCUGGCUCGAGCUCGGUUUCAAGCCCCUCAACAGCUGGGCCGAACACGACGGCAGAAUCGAUUACGGGUACCAGCUCAUCAUCGUCUGGAACGUCUUCAACUGGUGCAUCGUCUACUGGAACUACGAGCGGAGGUUCAUCAAGCGGAAGCACUGGCUCAUCGACAGGUUCAACCGGAUCGACAGGCUCCUCAGCGGGCUCGACUGGCUCAUCGACUGGUUCGACAGGGUCAACCUCAUCUGGGACUACCGGCUCCAAAUCCUCAAGUCAAGCCACGACCAGCACUACUCCAGAACCGAAGGUCCCAAUCUCAACUACAGGAACGACGAGCUCAACCCGAUCGACCUCCACAGCCUUGCCGAAGACCACAACCACAACGACAACGACCACAGGAACUACGGACCCGAUGAUUUCUACUUCAGAAACCGCGUCUACUACGCCAGAACCACAUCGGACACCUCGACAAGCUCGACCGGAACAACGGAAUGGACAACACAGGAAUCGGAUGCGACGACGCUGACGAUCAGUCAGAGCGGAACUACGAGCUCCGCCACGUGUGAUGCUACCAAAAUGAUGAUGCCCGGAAUGGUGUGCUCGGCCCAAUACCCCGGCACCUGGGUGUUUGCCGACACCGACCCGGCCCCGACACUUGACCCUUACCCUUGCGCCACGGCCUGCCCCCAGAACUUCACCCUCUUCAACGAUACUUGCCUGCUCGUGCUCCCCUCCUCCUACAGCACCUACUCCACAGCCUCGGCCGGUUGUACUGUCUACCGGAACUGCCCGUUCGUCGCCGCCGCCCCGAUGGCCUUCUUCGUCUACUACAUGGCGUUGUCCUACGCCACGCAGUACGACGACAUGCUGGCCAGCAUCAUCUCGUUCGCCGCGUCGAUGGUCUACUCGGCCAUCACCGGCGGCCAGGCCAUCUUCACCCGCAGCCCGACGUACUCCACUUUCUGCAAGUGGAGUGCCCUCUACUUCCCGGACUGGCUCUCGCCAGAAUGGGACCCCUACACGAUGAGGACCAGGGAGGAGACCCGCGCCAAGUUCCGCCCGGACCAGGCGGUCAAGGCGGCGAAGAAGGCGGCAAAGGAGCGGGCCGACCGCGAGCAGGCCGAGUUGGAGGCCAUCGAGGCCUACAACGACGACCUCAAGGCCCGAAAGCUGUUCUGGCGCCUGAUGGAGCGCUGGACCUUCAAGCAGGUCCACCGCCGCGACCAGAUGAGCGCGCUGUGGGACAAGUUUGUCCGCGAAGUCGUCAACUUCGACAGCGUCGACGUCAAGGAAAUGGAGGACAGGCUGGACCUGGCGCCCUUCACAUCGCUGGUCGCCUGGCUCACCUACGUCCCGCCGAGGCACCAGAGAGUCACCGCCGUGCACCGCGAAGAGCUGGUGCGCGACAACGGGCAGUUCGGCGGCCGCCGUUUUGACCGACCAGAGGAGAUCCUGCUCGACGAGCAGAUCGACAAAUUCUGGGGCGGCGUCGAGGAGUACGAGGAGGAGCGGCAACAGCAGUGGCUCCCGGUCUACGACGAUGACGCUGCCUUCACCCGCUGGCUCGGGACGGAGCACGAGGAGGCCGCCCGAUUUAAGCCAAAGGAGGCUUGCCCGGACCCGGAACUCCCCAACCGCAGCAUCAACCCCCGGAACCGGCCGGUCGACAUCUACUGGCUGAACGACGCCAGGCCGGGAUUCAUCGGCCCGAAGCGCCAGCAAAUGGUCGAGCUGGGGCCAUGGGACGGCUUCGUACGCAAAGCCCUGCACACCCAGAAUGCCGUCGACCUCGAGUGGGAGCCGGUUUGGGCCCAGCACGUGUUCGAGCGGGACAGGGAGGCCAAUGGGCCUCACCCGUACGACUCGUUCGUCCUCGGCCAGGACUGGUUCUGGAACGAGCCGCAAUGUAUGCAAACCGGCAACAUGUACAUGGGGAUU